UGACACAGUAAAUGCUGCACAGAUCCCCAGCAUCAGCAGACAACCGACUGGCUGUCUCUUAUUUCUCUUACCCUCUCUCCCUCUCUCUCUUUUUCUACCUUUUGCUUAUCCUUUUCUCCCCAUCACUCCCGCUCUCUUGCUCUCUCUCUUUCUCCACACACACGCUCACAUACCGCAGUAGAGGACACACAGUGACAGCGAGCAGGCAGACAGGCUGCGAGGUGUGCCAAUGCUCCUUCUAUGCCUCUUGUAGAAGACAAGGCCAUCACGUUGUCAGCUUUUUAAAUCAAGGACUACGUUACACAACAGCACCUUGGGACCGGUUGUUGCUGAGGAGGAGAUACCGCAGAGCCGAGGAUAUCAGACACACACACACACUGGGACUGCCGCUGUGCCACCGGGUUGGAUAAGGACUGCUUCUCUCCGUCUCAGUUUCUCUCUAUCUCUCCUCUCUCACACACACAGACGAGAGGGCCUGUCACCUGCUUCUUCUCGGGGCUUGAUCUAGUGAAGAUGAUGUGUGUGUAUGAGGAAGUUGCGCGUGUUCUUUAGGGUGUGUGUGUGUGAGUGUGUUCUUUAGGGUGUGUAUGUGUGAGUGUGUUCUUUAGGGUGUGUGUGUGAUCACGCCAGAGGUCACACCUCCUGCAUGCAGUAGGCGUGUGUCGGAGAUCCGCUACUUCCCUUUGUCUUCGUCAGCAUCUCUCUCUCCUCCCGACCAUCUCUCCAUUCCCCUCUCCCUCUCCCUCGCUUUCCCACCUCGCUCGUCUUUGCCUCUCUCUCCUCUCCGUCCCCCCUCUCCCUGUCUGUUCCGAUCCUGCGGCCUUCCUUCCGGGCUGCCUGUUUUUCCCACGAUGCUCUGCUCCAGGCCGCUCCGCUAGGCCGCGGCAGCAUGGGCGGAACCUGGGAGAGGAGCGAGAGCACGGAUUGGACCGUUCCCUUCAGGGCGGGCGCGUGGGCGGGUUACCCCUCAGCUUCAGAUGGGCGAGGACACUGAGAGCUCCAAGAUCAACCACAGCUUCCUCCGAGACUACGUCACUGAAGCUGAUGUCAUCUCCACGGUGGAAUUCAACCAGACCGGCCACCUGCUGGCCACAGGGGAUAAGGGCGGCCGAGUGGUCAUCUUCCAGAGAGAGACAGAGUCUAAAGGGGAAGCUGAGGACGUAGGGGAGGCAGGGGGGGAGUCGGGGGAGUACAAUGUCUACAGCACGUUCCAGAGCCAUGAACCGGACUUUGACUACCUGAAGAGCCUGGAGAUCGAGGAGAAGAUCAACAAGAUCCGCUGGCUCCCCCAACAGAACGCCGCCCACUUCCUCCUCUCCACCAAUGAUAAGACCAUCAAGCUAUGGAAAGUGAGCGAGAGAGACAAGCGUCCUGAGGGAUACAACCUGAAGGACGAGGAGGGCAGGAUCAAGGACAUCGCCACUGUCACCUCACUGCAGGUGCCGGUGCUGAAGCCCACAGAUCUGAUGGUGGAAGUUCGUCCCAGACGAGUGUUCUCCAACGGACACACCUACCACGUCAACUCCAUCUCAGUCAACAGCGAUGGAGAGACCUACAUGUCUGCUGAUGACCUGCGCAUCAACAUGUGGAAUUUGGGCAUCACCGACCGCAGCUUCAACAUCGUGGACAUAAAGCCAGCCAACAUGGAGGAGCUGACGGAGGUGAUCACGUCUGCAGAGUUCCACCCGCAGCACUGCCACCUGUUCGUCUACAGCAGCAGCAAGGGCACCCUGAGGCUGUGUGACAUGAGAGCCGGCGCCCUCUGCGACAGACACACCAAACUGUUUGAGGAGCCGGAGGACCCAGGAAGCCGCUCCUUCUUCUCUGAGAUCAUCUCCUCCGUAUCAGACGUGAAGUUCAGCCACAGCGGGAGAUACCUGCUCACCAGAGACUACCUCACCACCAAGGUGUGGGACCUGCAUAUGGAGAAGGGCCCUGUGGAGACCUACCAGGUGCACGAGUACCUGAGGAGCAAGCUGUGUUCUCUGUAUGAGAACGACUGCAUCUUUGACAAGUUUGAGUGUGUCUGGAACAGCUCAGACAGCGUGAUCAUGACGGGGGCGUACAACAGCUUCUUCCGGAUGUUUGACAGGGAGACAGGGAAGGGCGUGACCCUGGAGGCGUGGCGGGAGACCAGCAAACCUCGAGCCGUGCUACGUACGCGGCGGGUCUACUCAGGCGGCAAGCGUCGCCGCGGCGACGUGGGCGUGGACAGCCUGGACUUCACCAAGAAGAUCCUCCACAUGGCCUGGCACCCAGCAGAGAACAUCAUUGCCAUAGCAGCCACCAAUAACCUCUACAUCUUCCAGGACAGGGUCAACCCUGAGACUCACGGACAGUGACACACACACUGACACACACAUGUCAACCUCAUAUCCUGGACCUCACAUGUUACAGUCAGCGGAUGAACCUUUGAACCCUUUGCCACUGUUCACAUUUCAUGGGGAAGAUCUAUACAUUUGACAGGUUCUGAUUGGGUGACAUGGAAAUAUAGAGAUGCAGAAACUCUUACCAGUCGGCAGGGCAGCAAUGUCUCAGAGUUAAACAGCUCACCAAACGCAAGCCCAUCACUUAUCCUGUAGCACUUCCCCACUCACGUUUUCACCCAUACUGGAAUCACAAUGUGGUGGGUUUUGUCACUAGGAGGCCUGACUCAACUGCCGUAACUUACAAGCAGCCGAAGUCGACAAUGUACAAGUCCUCCACAGUGUCUGGAGCCAAUCAACGUCUGCACUUUCUUUCACCGCAGACAGUAGUGUGAAUGUUGUCUUACUGUUUACCGGUUAAGGGAUGGACACAUUCCGGUAACAUCUUAAUGUGCCGGUGAACUUGCUUGGUCCAUUCACCUGGAACGGCACUCCCCAAGAAAUGCAAGAUAACCUUUGAGGGUUUGACCUGGAAGUACUGUCUUACUGUCCCAUACACAAGCUUCCUUUACUUAACAACUGUUAUACUUGAUGUUGUAUACACACUCCAUAUUACACUGUCUGUAUAUACCCAUGUCCGUCACUGUUUCUAAUAUAAACACUGUUCUUGUCAGUCAACACAUUAUGUAGUGUUAGCCCAAAACUGAAGAAGAGUUUUGAUAAGUUUAGAAUCCGAGUUUGUCCAAUCUGAGAAACAGACUUCCUUAAAGGGAAGUAAGAUGAUCCCUGUGGAAGUAUAUUUCAAGAGCCUUUCAUAUUUAUGUCAAAUGACUUUGUUUCUCCUUUGUUUUAUCUGUUGACUUCCCUGUCUUUAUUUCGUCCAAUCCCUCCUCUUCUCACCCCUCUUAUAUCUCAAUGAUACUGUCAUAGUAGGAGUUCCUCUCACUGUAUAUCAGCUGCUUCUUCACUGUAGAACAAGGAUCAUAUCUCCAUGCUACCACACCAUAGGUGAUUACAGAGACUGUGUUGUAAUGCCAGGGCUAAGACUUCACCACCAUGUACAGUCAGGGGAGACCAUCAGUCUGAUCAACCUAACAAACCAACAGACUUGGUCAUUAAGGUGUAUUUGCUUUGCAGUUUACCCUUAAUGAAAUGAUGCUGUUGUCUGAUAUGGAUGGUUUUGAUAGUUAUGUCGAAUUGACCAAUGCAAUCCAUGUAUUUGACAGUAGUUGCAAAUAGUAUUUGGCCUGGGUCUCUUAAACAUCAUCCAGAUGACAUGAAAGAUGUCAGACCAAAGCACUGCAUGAUGGUAAACACCACAAAGAAAAUGAUUUCCAUAGCAACACUCGAGGAGGGGUGGCAUCACCACAUCACGCGUUCCUCUCCUCUCAUCAAAACGCAGCAGCAGUCCAGCCUCCAUCGCCAUCCUAGCCACACACAGAGGACCAGUACAAAGUUAGUUCUGUGUCCAGGAACACAGUACAGUAGCAUGUUUGCCCUUAUCCAGUGUUCUUAGCCUGUAUAUCUAUACAACUACAAAAAAAGACUUAAAGAACUAACAGAAGACUAUUCUAAUCUGAGGACAGACUCACAAAUUUGAACCUGAAAUGAGACGAAUGAAGGAAUGUGAAUAAAUAAGAGAAAAUAAACUGUAGGAGUGA